AUGUCGGCCGUCUUCCAGGAUGACCCGUACCUGCAAUAUCAGCCGUCAUUCGCCUAUACCUUACCUAUCCAGCUCUUCGUCAAUGGCAUAACGAUCACUUUACUAUGUGUCCUCUUUAUCCACCUCAUGUUUACGGCGCAAUACCACUACCCCCUCGCUCCCCUCAACUACAUUCUCCAAUUCUCAUCCGUCCUCGUCUGCCUCAUCAGCGUGAUCAUCAAGGUCGUCGUCGUCCUCUCCAGCGCGUCGGAUAAUGGGGAUACAUGGCCAUACUCGCUUAUAUACGUCGCGGUGCCCAUUCCGCCUUCGUGGUGGAAUACCGCACAGGAUUCGUUCUGGUUUCUCCUUCAGGCGCUUUGCGUCGGCUUGUCCAACAUCACCCACAUCCACUUCCUCACCCUCCUCUAUCCCUCCCGCACCGAAGCCCGCCUCAUCAUCUUCCUCCUCGGGCCCCUUGCUAUCGCCUCUUCCGGCCUGGUCUUUGUCGCUUUGUCAAACAAUCAGACCGCACUCGAUAUCGGGGAUGCCAUCCGCAAUACCCUCAACUCGACGUUACUGCUCAUCUUCACCAUCGCCCUCCUGAUGUGGGGCCUGGUCGUCAAUCGUCGGAGGGCAUGGCGGAACGACGGCGGAACAGCCAUCUUUGGAAUAGGAAGUUUAUCGCUCGCGAUCAUAUCGACGACAUUCAACUUUGUCGCUAUCGCGGAGGAUGGGAUAGACUGGCUGCAGCACCUGUUGUUUGCGGCGGUGCUGUGGCAGAUCUGGUUGGGAUGGUGGUGGUGGGUCGGAAGCGGGAUGGGUAUCGGCGAGGUCGAAGAUAUCAUGCAGAAGGCCGAGCGGAAGAAGCGGAAAGCAGCCAAAAGAGCCGCCCGACUUCGCGCCACUAGCGGGCUCGGCAAACGCACCAAAUCCAUCCAAUCCAGCGCGGUCGACAUCCCAUCUGCGGCUGCUAAUGCGGUUUCGGGCCUCACAUCCUCGGUCACUGGUAUUCUCCGGAAUCGGUCCAUGCGCUCCAACUCUGGUCUCCGAAGACGGCGGAGCGAGACGGCGAAUACCGGAUCCCUUGUCGGCGAUGUCGAAGAGGGCAUCGAGAUGGGCACGAUCGGCAGCGGUUCCAGGGCCGGUACUGGGCGUGUGACGCCCACUAUCCCGCCUGCGGCGCCGCAACGGGUCGGAUUCACGCCUGAUACGGACGCCUCGCGCUUGCAGCCAUCGACUAAUUCUGAGACGUCAUCCACGUCCAGGACCCCCUCGCUCCAUCCUCCACGUACCGUCCGCCAAUUCUUCUCCUUCCCUACGACCUGGCUCCAGGUGUACAUACGCCAGCUCCGGCAUGCACACGAAGACGCUACGAAGCGGCAAGUCAUGCAGCGUGCAGAAGUCCGACAGCGCGUCUUUGCGCGUGAUGGGGCGGGGGAGGAGUCGGCUUCGAGGAGCUCGGGCCCAAGAAGGGGGUCAGCGACGAGAUUGGAUAAUGUCGGAGAGGAAGAGGCGGAGGUGGAAGAGGGGGUAGGGUGGGGAUUGGGGAGUUUUGGGAUCAAGGAGCACGAGGCGAGUGCGAGGCGGCUCAGGGAGGCCGGGGAUCUGCUUCGAGAGGGUAGACUGCUAGGGGAUGAGGAGAGAAGAGCUCUGGCGGAGGAUGCAGCGGGGAGGGAGGGGGGCGCGGAUGGGCAAUCUGAAUGGGAAGAUAUCGAUAGCGACUCUUCCUCUGGCGAUUUGACGGACGAAGAGGGAAGCGGCGGUAGGCGGACAGGAAAGGGAUGGAGCUGGUGGGGUCCACUCAAGAAUUGGCGGCGGACAGAUCGUUCUGAUUUCUAG